AUGACGCCACGGGUCCUUAGAGCGCCUGGGGGAGAAGAGGCUGCGAGGACUGGUCUUGCAGCCAGACGGGACCCAGGAUCAGAACUUUGGAGCGGCAGAGAAGCAGGAAGCUUUUCAGAUUUCUCUGACACGAUCAAAGUCGUCUUUUGUUUCACAAAUCUGACCUGUAAAGGAUCUUUGCUAUACAUCAUUGUCAAUAUUUUCUAUUAUUCAUUUUAUGUUUUCAGUAAAGUGAACAUAAGCAUGGAAGACAUACAGAAACUACAUGAAGAAUUAGAGCUUUGGAAGAAACAGUGCGAUGAAACAAACAAGCAAAAAUUAGCAAAAAAUCUAACAAAAGUAAGCAUGGAUGAUAGACAAGAUGAACUACAAAAAGAGCUAGAGGGCUUACUAAAGAAAAAAAAGAAUGUUCAAGACUAUUUAAAAGAACAAGAGACACAUUUCAAGGUUAACAGCCCAUUGCCCCAAAAGAAUCUGAAUUUUAAGAGCAAUCCUGCUUCUGAAGAAAAUCAAAUUGAUGUUGAGCCUAUGGAUAUUACGUACACCUGUCAAAUUGUUUCAGGUCACCCCUAUAUCCUGGGGGAUGGACAAGCCCUAGUGACAUUUGAAGAAGAGCGAGUUGCCAGAUCCAUUAUUGCCAAGAAAAGACAUAAACUGGAUAAUGAUAACACAAAAGUCCCUGUGGAAGCUGCUGAACCCCAGUUAGGAAAAUCGGUGAAAUUUGAGGUGAACAUGAAUAUUUCCAGAAAGAAACUAAAAAUUUCCAACCUGCCCAAAGAUAUGCCCGAAGAGGUUCUAAAGGACAAACUGGAGUUGUACUUCUAUAAAUCUGGUGUUGGAGGUGGAGAGAUUGAGAAGGUGGACUAUGACAGGAAUAAUAACACUGCGUGUGUCACAUAUUUGCAGAAUGGAGUGGCUCAGAGAGUGCUGAAGGAGGAAUUUCACCCGUUCAGGGCUGGAGGAGCCACAUGUGAAGUUGAAGUGAUGCCAUGUGUGGAUAUAGAACUGAACAAGCUGCAGAUGUUUUCUGCCGUUUCUUCGAGGUCGGUGCUAUUAACCGGCAUCAAGAAUUUAGAUGAUGAAGAUGAAGACGAUGUUCAAGAUGUCAUACAGAUCCACUUCCAGAAAGAGAGCAAUGGUGGAGGCGAGGUGGAAAAAACUCUGUUUUCCAAGGAUAGGAAGAAGUACCUCAUAUUCGACGAGGAUUGCAAAUAAUGUGUAUGGUCUCUCCCUACUGCCUUUCACAUAAAGCUGCCCUCACACCUUGAUGGCAGU